AUGUGCAGACCUGUGUGUGACGUGUGCACCGUGGGCGGUCCCGGGUGCAGACCUGUGUGUGACGUGUGCACCGUGGGCGGAGCCGUGUGCAGACCUGUGUGUGACCUGUGCAUCGUGGGCGGAGCCGUGUGCAGACCUGUAUGUGACCUGUGCACCGUGGGCGGAGCCGUGUGCAGACCUGUGUGUGACCUGUGCACCGUGGGCGGUCCCGGAUGCAGACCUGUGUGUGGCGUGUGCACCGUGGGCGGCAUCGGGUGCAGACCUGUGUGUGACGUGUGCACCGUGGGCGGAGCCGUGUGCAGACCUGUGUGUGACGUGUGCACCGUGGGCGGAGCCGUGUGCAGACCUGUGUGUGACCUGUGCACCGUGGGCGGAGCCGUGUGCAGACCUGUGUGUGACCUGUGCACCGUGGGCGGCACAGGGUGCAGACCUGUGUGUAACGUGUGCACCGUGGGCGGAGCCGUGUGCAGACCUGUGUGUGACGUGUGCACCGUGGGCGGUCCCGGGUGCAGACCUGUAUGUGGCGUGUGCACCGUGGGCGGUCCCGGGUGCAGACCUGUGUGUGGCGUGUGCACCGUGGGCGGUCCCGGGUGCAGACCUGUGUGUGGCGUGUGCACCGUGGGCGGUCCCGGGUGCAGACCUCUGUGUGACGUGUGCACCGUGGGCCCAGGUGCAGACCUGUGUGUGACGUGUGCACCGUGGGCGGGCCCCAUGUGCAGAUCUGUGUGUGACGUGUGCACCGUGGGCGGGCCCCGUGUGCAGAUCUGUGUGUGA